AUGCCUCGACCUAGGACAUAUAAGCCUGCUUUAUAUACAACAACCCUAGUGUAUUUGGCUGUGCAAGUAGCGGUUAUUUCCUUUUUUUCCACUUACUAUAACUAUGGAGUAGCCAACGUAACAAGUUUCGCUAUAGAUGUUUUAGAAAAGUGUGAAUAUACUCGAGACAAAAUAGAAUGGCUCAAAGACUCAUGGCAAGAUGCCAAAGACUCCAUUAGGAUUAAGCGCAAAGUUAGAGGAGAAACAACAAUGAAUAUCGAAGCUGAUAUCAAAGUAGCUGGUGAUCUACAGAUUCUAACACCUGAGCAGUUAGCUUUAUUCGAUGGAACUCGAGAUUCUAGACCAGUUUAUCUAGCUAUAUUGGGUCGCGUUUAUAACGUGGACAAAGGAAAGAAACAUUAUGGGAAAGGUGGAGGCUACCAUUUCUUCUCGGGUAAAGAUGCUACCAGGGCUUUCGUAACGGGGGAUUUUACACCCAAAGGACUUAUUGAUGACACUUCAGGUUUAUCAAAUGAUGAUCUAUUAGGCAUUAAAGAUUGGAUCACCUUCUAUGAAAAAGAUUAUGUGCUAGUAGGGGUUGUAGUUGGAAAGUACUAUGACCAAGAAGCCAAACCAACUAGCGAGUUGCAAGAGGUUUUAUUACGGAUCGAGAACGCUGUAGACUUCAAGAAUUCAAAAGCUGCGGAGUCAGAGAUUUUCCCACCUUGCAAUUCAGAAUGGCAUCAGAACACUGGAGGAAGAGUUUGGUGCUCAUCCAAAUCUGGUGGCAUUCACAGAGAGUGGUCAGGUGUGCCAAGACUGUUCUUGGAUGGUACUAACGGAGAACGUUGUGUGUGUGUAAAAAACUUUGGACCUGGCUUAUCUAACAAAGCUUUAGAAGGUGCAAAUCGGGGAGAUUUGGAUCAUCCGUCUUUGAAGGUGUAUCCAAACUGUUCGCCGACCGCCAAUAGUUGCAAGAUCGAGAGUUAA